AUGGCCUUGUUUGUUGCUAUGAGCAACCUCUGUUUGAGGCGCGCUCGUUACGAGUGCCUGGACUUUGAGGCCGUGUCCGCCGCCGCGGUUCGGCUCCCCGGGAGCAGCGGGGCCCCGAGGGCUCGGCGGGGCGGGGAAGCCCCGGGGGAGGCGGCGGCAGGGCCGGGGGUCGGCGGCUGCGGCCCCGCCAGCCUCGCACCAACACGUGUUCCCGACAUAAACUUCCGGGGAAGCGCUCCCCCAGACCCGGGGGGCCCCGCCGCCCGCCCCCGGGCACGAAGUUCGUGGGACAAGCGGGGCUCCGCCGGGGCGGCGGCGGCGCCUAGCCCGCCCGCCGCGCCGCCCCCGGCCCACCGGGACCCCUGCGGGGGCGGCCGCGCAGCCUUCCCGGGCCAAGGCACCGAGGGAGACGCGGAGCCGCUCCCAGCACAACGGGUCCUCCCCGGACACCCCCGCGCCGCCGCCGCGGGCCCCGGGGAGGGGGGGGCCGGGGGCCGCCCGCACCACGUGACCCGGGCCGCGCCUCCCUCCCCCCGCCGUGCCGCGCGCGCUCCCCGCCCACGUGACCCCGCCAGCCACCGCCCGCCGCUGGCGCGCGCUCCGCACCACGUGACCCGCCCCCCGCCCGCGGGCUCCCCGGUCACGUGGCCGCCGCCGCCGUCUCGCGCCCACCCCCCCCCGCCCCGCGUCCCACCGCCACCGGGCCCCGGCGCGCGCUCCCCGCUCGCCCCCCCGUCACGUGACAUGCCGCGCCUCGGUUUUUCCCUGCCCUCAGCAAGGGGAAGGCAGAAAGUUCCUCGUUCCCUCCCCCUCCCCAAAAAAAUCCCCGGCGUUUCCACCGUCCUUCAAAUAAGCGACGUCCCUGCGGGCGGGCCCCGCCCCAUGGCGGCGGCCGCGGUCGAGCCUUGGCGAUCCGGGCCCGGUUCCCGGUAG